AUGAAGAGGCUGCAGCUCCAACGAUGGAGCAGUUCGGUCCUUUCGGCGCAGGCCCGGACUGGUGGCCGCCUGCAGCACCGUCUCUACACUGGCAUCCGGCAUCAAUCGACCGCUUCGCCUGCUGCGCCGGCUGCCAAUGAUCAAUUGAUCGAGGAAGACCCUCUAGUAUCAUCUAUUCGCCCCCCUACCUCCCGACAGUCGAAGUACCAACUCCCGUCUCCCCCGGUCGAGGCCGCACGCGAGUCCGCCAAACUGGCUGCGCUUCACGCACGACUUUACCUUCCUUCACGAUUACCGCUCGAGACCCUUGCUCGCUCUCUCGUGGACGCCUCGGCUGAUCCGAACCCCAAAUUCAACAAUGAAUCUUUGGCCACCCUCGGUCACGAUUUGUUGACACACUACACCUCCGAAUACCUCAUCUGCACGUAUCCCCGACUCCCCUUGACCGUUAUAUUCGCAGCCAUGUAUGCCUAUGUCGGGCCAAAGACAUUGGCCGCAAUGGCGAGAGAAUGGGGUGUGGAACCUCAUGAAGAUCAGACGCAUUGGCGGAAGUCCAUCACGUCAAGUGUCGUCUACGACAAUGAGUUCGGAGACCCGGUCAAGGGGCCCAAGGAUCCCUCGGAACAGUCCAAGCAGGACGUCCAGAACACCCAGGGCGUGACUGCCGAACAGGCUAACGCAACCUUUGUGCGUGCUGUGAUGGGUGCUAUCUACCUGCACGCAGGCCGCCCUGCUGCCAAGCGGUUCUUCGAGCAGCACUUCCUCUCUCGUCACCUCAACAUCUCCGACCUGUUCAACUUCUCCCAACCCGCUCGGGACCUUGCUCGCCUGUGUGCUCGAGAGAACUUCGAGCAGCCCGUUGCCCGGAUCAUCAGUGAAACCGGUCGCAAGAGCAGACACCCCGUGUUUGUCGUUGGCAUCUACUCUGGUCAGGAUAAGUUGGGCGAGGGCGCUGGCGCCAGUCUGCUCGAGGCUCGUUCCAGGGCUGCUGUCGCCGCCCUGAAGGGAUGGUACCUGUACAGUCCGCUGAACGUGCGCGUGCCUAGUUCGAUGGAGGAAGAGGGAGCCGCUCCCUGGAAGCCGGUGCACGUGGACUUGGGCGAGGUGAUUGUGUAG